CACGUGUUUAUCGACUUAUCGUUUUCGUCUACAUAGACAACUAUACAAUAUCUCAAACGAAACGUUCAGUCAUUCAAAUUAUAUACGUGAUGGAUGACGAUCCGUUCUUGGCGCAUUACACCUACGAUCUGUCGCCGGAAUUAGUCACCUGUUUGAAUGACAAGCCUCCGCUCGUGGAGGAAAUUGUGUUGGAAUGGCCAGAAUUGGGCAAAAUGAUGUUCAAAAGACCGAAAUUGACUGCAGUGGUUGACCUGAACCGUCGCGUUAAGGCGUUAGAAGACAACCGACCGUUCGCCAAAUUGCCCGAAGUGCCCGUUGUCUUUGACGCCGUUGGGAAAUUGGCUUUACACAAACAGUUGAAGUCAACCGUCAAGGAUGUCAGUCAAUUACAGUUGGACGUGCUGUCGAUAAUAACCAGGUAUCACGAUUUCAGUUACUCGGAGAGAAAUUUCGAUAACGCUGAAGAAUUGCGAUACUGUUACUGUUUACACGCUGUUAAUCAUGUUCUUAAAAGUCGAGAAAUUGUUGUAGCAAACAAUGAUAAACAAGAUGGUGAUGAAGAUGAAAUGCGAGAUCAGGGUCUUACUAGGCCCAAGGUAUUGAUUUUAGUUCCUUUUAAAGAUUCGGCAUAUCGAAUCAUAAAUAUGAUAAUUUCGUUGUUGUCUCCUAAAGAGAAUUUUAACGUGGUGCAUAAGAAUAGAUUUUCAGAAGAAUUCACUGGUCACGAAUUAAUGCUACCAAGAAAAAAUCCUAAACCAGAAGACUUUGAAAAAACAUUUGUUGGGAACAUUGAUGAUGCAUUCAGAAUCGGUAUGGCAAUCACCAAAAGCAGUUUGAAAUUGUAUGAAAAUUUUUACAACUCUGAUAUAAUAAUUGCAUCGCCACUCGGUUUGCGAAUGAUAAUUGGUGCUGAUGGAGAGUCAUCUCGAGAUUAUGAUUUUCUCUCAUCUGUGGAAGUGCUAAUAUUUGAUCAGGCAGAGAUAUUUUUGAUGCAGAAUUGGGAUCAUGUGUUACACAUCAUGAGUCAUUUUCAUCUACAGCCAAAAGAAGCACAUGGUACAGAUUUACAACGAGUACGUAGCUGGUCAAUUAAUGGAUUGUCCAAAUAUUAUAGGCAAACAAUAAUAUUUUCAUCUUGCAAAUCUCCGAAUUUGAUGGCUAUUCAAAAAAACAGGUGUAUGAACUAUGGAGGAUCUGUUAGUGUAAUCAAUCCAAUUAUCACUGGUACCAUAAGCCAUGUGGUUUGUAGUAUAAAACAAUUUUAUCAUAAACUCAAUUCAAAAACACCAACUGAAUCUAUCAAAGAAAGAUUUGAGUAUUUCACAAAUAAAAUUCUUACACAACUUCGAGCUUCUAACGAAAAACAUGUAUUAAUUUAUGUUCCCUCUUAUUUUGAUUAUGUAUGUAUCAGAAAUUAUUUAAAAACGGAAGACUACAGUUUUGUGCAAAUUAGUGAGUACACAAAACCAGGCAAGGUGGCCAGGGCUAGGGAUUUGUUUUAUCAUGCCGAAUGUCAAAUUUUAUUGUAUUCUGAACGUUACCAUUUCUACAAUAGAAUUAAAAUUCGAGGGAUUGAAAAUAUUGUUUUUUACCAACUACCUACAAUUGCUGGAUUUUACAGUGAACUUUGUAAUUCAAUCAUUGACAAUGACAACAGUAUUCGUAACAUUACAGUACUCUAUUCACAUUUUGAUGCAUGUAUGUUAACUUCAGUAGUUGGUACUCAAAGAGCAAAAUAUAUGUUAACUUCAGAACAAAAAAUACAUAUGUUUCAUUCAGGUGCAUAAUUAUAGUUAAAAUUUUUUAAUGUUUGAAA